ACACCGGGGUCCCUGCAGGCGACGAGGAGGCCGGGGGGGAGCGGGACAGCCUGGGGGGGGCGCGGCUGGAGAGCCUGGAGGAGCCCCCCAAGAACAAGGUGGCGCCGAUCCCCGAGGGCAGCGCCUUCUUCCUGCUGGGCCGCACCAACCCGUUGCGGGUGCGGUGCCACGCCCUCAUCCACCACCACGUCUUCACCAACCUCAUCCUCGUCUUCAUCAUCCUCAGCAGCGUCUCGCUGGCCGCCGAGGACCCCGUGCGCGCCCACUCGCCCCGCAACCACAUCCUGGGCUACUUCGACUACGCCUUCACCUCCAUCUUCACCGUGGAGAUCCUGCUCAAGAUGACGGCCUUCGGCGCCUUCCUGCACAAAGGCUCCUUCUGCCGCAACUGGUUCAACCUCCUCGACCUGCUGGUGGUCGGCGUCUCCCUCGUCUCUUUCGGCAUCCACUCCAGCGCCAUCUCGGUGGUGAAGAUCCUGCGCGUGCUGCGCGUCCUGCGGCCCCUGCGAGCCAUCAACCGCGCCAAGGGCCUCAAGCACGUGGUGCAGUGCGUCUUCGUGGCCAUCCGCACCAUCGGCAACAUCAUGAUCGUCACCACGCUGCUGCAGUUCAUGUUCGCCUGCAUCGGGGUGCAGCUCUUCAAGGGGAAGUUCUACAGCUGCACCGACGAGGCCAAGCACACGCCUGGGGAGUGCAAGGGCACCUUCCUGGUGUACAAGGACGGGGACGUGUCGCACCCCUCGGUGCGGGAGCGCCUGUGGCACAACAGCGACUUCAACUUCGACAACGUGCUGGCGGGGAUGAUGGCGCUCUUCACCGUCUCCACCUUCGAGGGGUGGCCCGCGCUGCUGUACAAGGCCAUCGACGCCAACGCGGAGGACCAGGGCCCCAUCUACAACUACCGGGUGGAGAUCUCCAUCUUCUUCAUCGUCUACAUCAUCGUCAUCGCCUUCUUCAUGAUGAACAUCUUCGUCGGCUUCGUCAUCAUCACCUUCCGCGCCCAGGGCGAGAGCGAGUACCGCAACUGCGAGCUGGACAAGAACCAGCGGCAGUGCGUGGAGUACGCGCUGAAGGCGCAGCCGCUGCGGCGCUACAUCCCCAAGAACCGCAGCCAGUACCGCGUCUGGGCCAUGGUCAACUCCACCGCCUUCGAGUACAUCAUGUUCGUCCUCAUCCUCCUCAACACCAUCGCCCUGGCCGUGCAGGUUCGGGGCGGGGGGGGGCGUUUUGGGGUCGGUGGGGGGGCGUUUUGGGGUCUGUGGGGGGCG